UCGCCCUUUCUCUCCUUUAGCGGUUACAUUAGUGAUGAAGUCCUUCGUUUGCCUCCUCUCCGAACUGCUCGCCGUCGCUUCCGUUGUUUCUGCAACCACUAUUCCUAAGGCACAUAAAGCUCGUGCGGCAGUGGUCGAAGAUCUGGAUGCCCGUGCCCCAACGCCCGCGGGGCCGUACCCACCAGUUAUUACGAGCUGUGUGAACCCCAUGCAAGCGGCUGUGACGUUGGACGAUGGUCCUUAUGAUUAUCUCCAGGAAAUAUCGGACUAUUUCACUUGGGCCGGGGGAAAGGCAACAUUCUUUUUCAAUGGGAAUAACUGGCGCUGCAUAUACACCCAGCCAUCGCAAGAUCUUGUCAAGUAUGCGUAUCAGAAUGGUCAUCAAAUUGCUUCGCACACAUGGGCCCACUUGAAUCUUACACAGUUAACAUAUGACGAAAUCCACAGCGAGAUGCGGAGAGUCGAGCAGGCCCUGCAACGCAUUAUUGGUGUCACCCCAGCGAUCAUGCGUCCACCGUUCGGAGCGUAUAAUGACCUAGUUCGCAGGGUUGCUCGUGAGAGGGGUCAAAGUGUGGUUACUUGGGACUUUGACAGCGGGGAUUCGACAGGAGCCACUGUGGAUCAGUCGAAGCAACGUUACGAAGAUGCACUUGGAAAGCAUCCUUCGAACCUAUUGGCUUUGAACCAUGAGACUAAGCAACCCACUGCUCACCAGAUUAUUCCCUGGGUAGUCAAAUUGCUGAAGUAUAGGGGAUAUCAACUUGUUACGGUCGCACAAUGUUUGAAUGUGGAGCCUUACCAAAAGAUAACCGCACCUCAGACGCCUUCGCCCUCUUGGCAAUGUUGAAACUUAGCUGUAGACUUGGCUAGUGGAAACCCGCGGGCUCAUAAAUUAUCGUGUGGCUGACUUGUGGGAUGCGACAACCCUAACCAG